AAAAAAAUUAGAGGCUUCACUAAAGCUAGCAUUCACCUUCAAGAAAUGGCCACACUUGAAUGUAAUAUUACCCUCAAAGAAAACUACAAAAGCACCUCAAAUCCAGUGCGCCCUUAUGUCAAAUUUCCUCCUUCUAUCUGGGGUGAUCGUUUAAUGUCGUUAACUUUCGACCAUUCAGAGUCGCAUGCAUAUGCUAUUGCUAUGGAGCAACCAAAAGAAGAGCUGAAAAGUUUGAUAAUCAAUCCAAACAUGGAUUCAAAUGAAAAACUACGUUUGAUUAACUCUGUGUAUCGCCUUGGAUUGAGAUAUCUUUUUGAGGAACAGAUUGAAUGUCAACUUGAUAAACUUUUCACGAAACUUAAGAUGGAGGAUUAUGAUAAAGCUGAUCUUUACACUAUUUCAAUUAACUUCCAAGUUUUCAGACAACAUGGUUAUAAAUUGUCAUGUGAUGUUUUUAACAAGUUCAAGGACUCUAGCUCUGGUAAAUUCAAGGAGUACAUUACAGCUGAUGUGAGGGGUAUGUUAAAUUUGUAUGAAGCAACUCAAAUGUGCAUGAGAGAAGAAUCUAUUUUAGAUGAAGCAAUGGCAUUUACCGAAGCUCAACUUAUGGGUGUAGUAGACACUCUGGAAGGUAAUCUUUUACAACAGGUGAAACAUGCGUUGAGGAGUCCUUCUCAUCGAGGAGUGCAAAUGGUAGAGACAAGGUUAUAUUUCUCAAACUAUAAAGAAGAAUGUUCCAGAUAUGACUCGCUACUAAAUCUUGCAAAUGCACACUUCAACUACUUGCAACUACUACACAAGGAAGAACUUUCCACUUUCAUUAAGUGGGUUAAGGAUAUGGACUUUCAAAAAAUAACUCCUUACGCAAGGGAUAGAACGCCAGAAUUGUACUUAUGGGCAGUCGGGAUAUUCUUGGAGCCUCAUUACUCUCAGGCUAGAAUCAUAAUAUCAAAAAUGGCACAACUAGUGUUAGUGUUAGAUGACAUAUAUGAUGCAUAUGGUACUAUUGAGGAGCUUCGACUUCUAACUGACGCCAUUAAUAGGUGGGAAAUUAGUGCCAUGGAGCAACUACCAGAAUAUAUUAAACCACUGUACAAAAUUAUCUUGAAUGAGCUUACUGAAGUUGAAAAGCAAGUACCUAAAGAAGGAAGAGAAAAUCGGGUUAAGGCUUCAAAACAAGCGUUUCAAGAACUAGCUAGAGGUUACCAUCAAGAGGCUGAGUGGAGAUAUAGUAAAUAUGUGCCAUCAUACCAAGAGUACAUGAAAAAUGGGUUAAUUACAUCUACUUAUAAUGUUUUCUCGACAUAUUCUUUAAUGAAUAUGGAUGAAAUUAACAGCGAAGAGGCUUUGGGUUGGUAUAAAACACAUCCAAAUAUUCUGGAAGCUACAAAGCUACUUGGAAGACUUUAUAAUGAUGUUACAACAUUCCAGUUUGAGGGUGAAAGAGCACAGGAAGUCGAAUCCGUGCAUACAUAUAUGAAGACGUUUGGGUUACCAGAAAAUGUGGCUGUUAAAGAACUCAAGAAAAUGAUUGAAAAUGCGUGGAAAGAUAUCAAUAAUGAAUGUCUUAAGUCGACUGAAGUUUCAAUGGCACUGCUUGUACCAGUUCUUAAUCUUGCCAGAAUAACAGAUAUGGUGUAUAGGUAUAAUGACAGGUUCACGUUUCCAGAAGAAACCACUGUGGAGUAUGUUACUCUCUUAGUCAUAACUUCUGUUCCCAUGUACUGAUAAUUAAACAAGUGAUUGUCGUG